UAUGGGGUAAGCGUCCUAAUUCGUCGGUAAAUGUAGUCGAUAAUCUCAACCAUGUACAAGUGUGAGAGCAAGAGAUGCAUGCACCUCAGUACCUGUGCAGUGGAUGUUGUAUUUUGAUUUCGAUUCUGUCACAAUGUCUGUCACAAACAAUUUCUUCAAGUCGGCUUCUGCUGAAGAAUGGACCAAGGUUCUUGAACUCUACAACCAGGUCCUGAAACUCAAGGCCUCCAAGAUCCAGAAGCCUGGUGGAAGCAAGAAUUUGCUGGACCUUGACAAGUGGUUUCAAACAGAACUUUCACAGGCCAUACAAGAGAGGAAAGAAAGAUACAUUACACAUGAGGAGUUGACAAAGCUUAUGAAGUGGAAAUUGAGUAGAGGAAAGUUUCGUCCGAGGUUGACUGAAAUGGUCCAGACCAAUAGCUCAGACCUGGUUGAGAAGUCUAGCCGACAAGCCUUUAAGAAGCUGCCCAAUGUAGGAGCUGCCAUCAAAGAGCUGAUUGUCCUCAAGGCAGUGGGUCCAGCAACAGCUUCAGCUGUGUUGGCAGCAGGAGCACCUGAGCAUGCCCCAUUCAUGGCAGAUGAGAGUAUGUUAGCUAUCCCAGGCCAGUCCCCAUUGGCUUACACCGAAGCUGCCUACAAGAGAUACAAUGCAGAGGUUCAAGACUGUGUGAAGAGACUUAAAAAAGAAGAUCCCUCCGGAGAGUGGACCCCGCAUAAAGUGGAACUGGCCUUAUGGACCCACUACAUGGCCUGUAAGCUGGAUCCAUCUCUACUAGCAAGCAAGACUGGACCAUCUAAGAAGAGGAAGAGCACUGGAGAGGGGGAAGGGGAAACCCCUAAAAAGAAAUGAAGGAAUGUGUGAUACAAUCACCUUACUUUUCUAUGGCAGUGUUAAUUACCCCACUUGAUAAUCAUGAUUAUUACGAUGCUGCUAUGUAUUGAAUGUCAAUCUAUUGAUGCCUUCUAUGCAAUCAUUGC